GAUGUUUGUGUGAACUAACAUUUGCCAAACAUUAGCAUGUUAGUAGUGUCGUGUUAGCAGUUAUUUCUAAACACUGCUGUGCCUGCAGAGACAGUGUACAACGCCAACUUUGGAGUGAACUAUCUUCUCGUUACUACAAAACAUUACUCAACUCGACUGAGUCAACAAAGCGGACAGGAAGCCGAGUCAUCUAAAGCGUGCAUUCUCCUGCUAGACGGCACCAGGAACACAACAUCAUCAGAAGUUGUAGUCAUGGAUGUCCCUGGACGUGGAGACAGCAUUCCACCGUCAGGCACUGUAGCCUUCACAGCCAAGCUGAACAUCUCUGACAGCUACCCCUGUCACACUGGAGUCCUGAAGUUUGCCACUAUGCUGCUCAAUGAGGGAGGAGGCUACAAUCCUGACACAGGCAUCUUCACCUGCCCUGUGGAUGGCCUCUACCACUUCACCGUGCAUGUGUCUGUGUAUGGGCGUGGGCAGUGUGCUAUAUACAAGAAUGGAGAGAAAGUAGUGUCUCUGUAUCACACCUCCCUGCCUGAUAAAUGUAGCCAAGUGGCCAGUACCAGCGCUGUGGUCAGACUGUCUGAAAAAGACAAGGUCUGGGUGAAUAUCUGGGGCCCUGGCAGGAAUGAUAUCUUUGCAACUGAAGAUAAUGACACUGUCUUUGUUGGCUUCCGUCUGGGACAGUAACAUCACUGUCAGAAUGUCAGUUAAGUUCUUGGCCGGGCUUUCAUUGGUUUGAAUUUGUGGCCUUUUUUGUGUUUUCUUGGUAAUUAUGUGAGAAAGUGUGUUAUGUGUUGGUUGUUAAAACCCAAACCAAACCUUGUGCCUUUACAUCAAUAAAUUCUGAGUUUUAAUGAAAUUAAA